AUGGAGUGUGAAAGGCAUGGUGAUGUGUUGACAAGUCUAUUCAAAUAUUGGGUUGAUAUGGAAGUGAUAAAAAAAGAAUUUUCCUACAACAUUUUAUGUGAAAAUUAUUCUGUCCCGGAUAAACUUUUGUCUUGCUCGAUAAAAGCUGAAAAAAGAGCAAAAGUUGCUGAUGUGGAAAAUAUGUUCAUAGUUUUUAAUGCUGCUACUUAA